AUGUCACAGCUGUACUACAGGCGGACUGACAGCUCAUCAUACCGGGACCGCAUCCCGUUGAGAAUUGUGCGGGCUGAGUCGGAGCUAUCGCCUUUGGAGAAAACCUACCUGGGAGCUGUGGAGAGGGGGGACUAUGCUAGUGUCAAACAAGCUCUGGAGGAGGCAGAAAUCUACUUCAAGAUCAACAUCAAUUGCAUCGACCCUCUUGGCCGCACGGCUCUGCUUAUUGCCAUUGAGAACGAGAACCUGGAAAUCAUUGAGCUCCUGCUAAGCUUCAGCGUCUACGUUGGGGAUGCCCUGCUGCAUGCGAUUCGCAAGGAAGUGGUGGGAGCUGUGGAGUUGCUGCUUAAUCACAAGAAGCCCAGUGGGGGCAUGCAGGUCCCUCCUAUUUUAUUGGAUAAGCAGUUUUCUGACUUCACCCCUGACAUCACUCCCAUCAUCCUCGCUGCGCACACCAACAACUAUGAAAUUAUCAAGCUCCUGGUGCAGAAAGGUGUGUCUAUGCCACAGCCACAUGAGGUGCGCUGCAACUGUGUCGAGUGUGUGUCCAGCUCAGACGUGGACAGCUUGAGGCACUCGCGCUCUCGCCUCAACAUCUACAAAGCACUGUCGAGCCCCUCGCUAAUUGCGCUCUCCAGCGAGGACCCCUUCCUCACUGCAUUCAGACUCAGCUGGGAGCUGCAGGAGCUCAGCAAGGUGGAGAAUGAGUUUAAAUCUGAGUAUGAGGAGCUUUCUCAGCAGUGUAAACAGUUUGCUAAGGAUCUCCUGGACCAGACGAGGAGCUCCAGAGAGCUCGAGAUGAUCCUCAACUACAGAGAUGACGUCAACUUGUUGGAAGAGGAAGGCAACAACGACCUUGCAAGACUCAAACUAGCAAUCAAGUACCAUCAAAAAGAGUUUGUAGCUCAGCCAAACUGUCAGCAGCUCCUGGCAUCUAGGUGGUACGAUGAGUUUCCCGGCUGGAGGCGGCGUCACUGGGCGGGAAAAUUCAUCACUUGUGUCUUCAUCGGCCUCCUCUACCCCGUGUUCGCCCUUUGCUACCUCAUUGCACCCAAAAGUCGCUACGGCCUCUUCAUCCGCAAGCCAUUCAUCAAGUUUAUCUGCCACACGGCUUCCUACCUGACCUUUCUGUUCCUGCUGCUCCUCGCCUCCCAGCACAUCGUCACCACAGAACAGGACAGGCAGGACAGGCAGGGCCCGGCACCGACCACUGUGGAGUGGAUGAUACUGCCAUGGGUGCUGGGAUUCAUCUGGGCAGAGAUCAAGCAAAUGUGGGAUGGUGGUUUUCAAGAUUAUGUUCAUGACUGGUGGAACCUGAUGGACUUUGUCAUGAACUCUUUGUACCUGGCCACAAUAUCUCUCAAGAUUGUAGCCUACACUAAGUACAGCGGCACCAAACCUAGGAACCAGUGGGAAAUGUGGCACCCUACUUUAGUAGCUGAGGCAGUGUUUGCCAUAGCAAACAUCUUUAGUUCCCUGCGCCUCAUCUCGCUCUUCACAGCCAACUCUCAUCUGGGGCCGCUGCAGAUCUCACUCGGGCGAAUGCUGCUGGACAUCCUGAAGUUCCUUUUCAUUUAUUGUCUGGUUUUGUUGGCCUUUGCUAACGGUCUGAAUCAGCUGUACUUUUACUACGAAACAAAGGCUGCAGAUGAGAAAGGAAAAUGCAAGGGCAUCCGCUGUGUCGAGCAGAACAACGCCUUCUCCACGUUAUUUGAGACCCUACAAACUCUUUUCUGGUCUAUCUUUGGACUGAUCAGCUUGUAUGUGACCAACGUGGAUGCAGAUCACCAAUUCACGGAAUUCAUUGGCGCCACCAUGUUUGGCACAUACAACGUCAUCUCAUUGGUGGUGCUCCUCAACAUGCUUAUAGCCAUGAUGAACAACUCCUACCAGCACAUUGCUGACCACGCAGACAUUGAGUGGAAAUUUGCCAGGACAAAGCUGUGGAUGAGUUAUUUUGAAGAAGGAGCGACUCUUCCAGCACCUUUCAACAUUAUUCCCAGCCCCAAAUCAUUUUUGUACCUUAUGUGUUGGAUCAAGAGACAAGUGUGUAAGAGGACACGAUCCAAGCGCCCAGAAAGUUUUGGAACCCUUGGAAGACGAGCAGCAGAGAAUGUAAGGACAAACCACCAGUAUCAGGAGGUCUUAAGGAACCUGGUAAAACGUUACGUGGCUGCAAUGAUCAGAGAUGCCAAGACAGAAGAAGGUCUGACUGAAGACAACUUCAAGGAGCUGAAGCAAGAUAUCUCCAGUUUCCGUUAUGAGGUGAUGGGCAUGAUGAAGACUGGGAAGCCUGCUCUGCAGACUGCAAAGGCCAGCUGCAGCUCCGUGGAAUCCAGUCUGGCUUACCCCAACGCCUCGCUCAAGAUUUCCCCCGGCCCUUUGAGCAGCCAGGCGAAAAGCAAACUGAACCGUUUCAAAAUGACCACAUCCAUCCUCAAGCAGAGCAGCUCCUCAGCUUCACUACGGCCCCUGGAAUCGUCCAACAGUCUUCCCAAUGGACUCGUGCUCUCAGAUGAGAGCUGCGGUGAAACCUCAAGUGAGCGGAGGAACUACUGCAAAGAUAUUAGUGACUUUGGUUUGUACCAAAAAUGCCACUGGAGCAGCAAGGAAGCCUCGUCAGGCUCAGGGGAGAUUUUAAGAGAGAUGUACUCUUUGUCAGAGGAAGCAGGGGAAUGUGAGAGCUCAGACACUGAAGAGCUCAGCAAAGAGGUUCUGGCUAGAGCAAAUGUGGAGAAAGAACGACCAGGGAAUAAAUUAAGAGAAGAAUCCCCAGAAAAAAAACAAGAAACUAACAGCAAUGGCAGCCUGGAUGAAUUUGGAGAGGACAAAGACUCACCUUGCACUAACUCUGACGCAGAUAAAAAUGAAUCAGGGUUACACAGAGACGAAGCAUAAAAAGUGAAAAUCCAUAAUCUAAAUUUAAGGCUAAAUAAUGCAUGACUAAAGAUGACUGACAAUCAAUA